GAGAGCAAGGAAAGGAGAGAGGGAGAGAGAGAGAGAGAGAGAGAGAGAGAAAGAGCGAGCGAGCAAGAGAGAGAGAGAGAGAGAGAUCACACUAGAGAGAGCUACACAACUUGAAUUCAAACCCUGUGCUGUCACAUCAAGCAGAGAUCUUCAAGGAAGAAUGGCCGAGACCCAGACACUUAACUUUGGACCUGAAUGGCUCCGUGCCCUAUCUGGAGGUGGAGGUGGAGGUGGAGGCAGCGGAGGCGGAGGAAGCAGCAGCAUCACUGUUGCCUCGCCGCCUCUUUCACCUGCAUUGCCAAAGUACAAACUUGCAGAUUAUCGCUACGGGAGAGAAGAAAUGUUAGCACUUUAUGUAGAAGACCACAAGAUCCCCGUAGACCUAUAUGAUAAGGAGUUCCUGCCCAUAUUGCAAGAGGAGCCCUUGCCGCCCCUGGCACUUGUGUCUUUUACAGAGGAAGAACAGAGAAAUUUUGUCAUGUCCGUAAACAGUGGUGCUGUACUUUGGCGGGGAGGCGGCGGUCCAGUCGUCGGGGCACCUCGGGGUCGAAGUAUCUCAAGGGGUAGAGGCCGAGGAAGAGGAGACGGAGGGUUUUACCAAAGAAGUUUCGAUGAUGUGGAAGGUUUUGGCCGCGGGGGCAGGGAGAUGCAUCGCUCCCAGAGCUGGGAGGAAAGGGGAGAUAAGAGGUUUGAAAAGCCAGGUCGAAAAGACCUAGAAGGUGCUCCAGGACAUUUUCAGAUUAAUCAUAUUCGAAACAACUACGAGGACGCUGGUUCUGGCCUGCCGAGAAAGCACGACUUCAUCCGCUCGGAGAGUGGGAACUGGCGUACCUCUCGUGACGAUCAGAACGAUGGGCUUCGGACUACGGUGUGGCGUGAACACCCAGAACAGCGGCGCCGUGUCCCGUUUGACGCACGAGACGACGAACGCAGCUACAGGAGGCCGCGGUCAGGCAGCGGCAGCCUGGAAGAAGACAGAGACGCUCUGCCUGAGUGGUGUCUUGAAGACACUGAUGGGGAGGCAGGCACCUUUGAUUCAUCAGGGGCUUUUCUCUCACUCAAGAAAGCCUCCAAAGAGCCCAUCUUGGAGGAGGCAGAGUUGGAUUUUAAACCCUUGGAGGAGUGUAAGGAGACGCUAGACGAUGAUGUCAGUCAGCCUAAGGAGACCAAAGAGACAGAAACGGAGGCCAAGAAAAUUGUUGAACGAAAAGUUUUAACACGGUUGAACAAAGUAUUAGAUGAGGUGCCAUCUGUUCCUUCACCUGCCGCUCCACCAAUCACAGAGGCCCAUCCUCGUUCCAAAUCUGUGUCGCCAAGCCAUCCCAACAAAACAGAAGAGUCUAAGAGGCCAGCCCAAGGACAACCACCGCUGGAGCAACCACCAGAACUGUGCAAAGUUCCCCUGCAUGUCCCCAUGUCCAACAGCAUGCUUGAGUCACUACCCAUGACCCGUAUUUCUACGACCCUUACAGAAGUGCGCACGCCAUUGUCUGCCAUGCAGCAGCCUCAGCAAAAGCCCUUGAAGGCUCCUGUGGCCAUGAGCAACCAUCUGUCCUUUUCUUCAAGUAUGAUGGCACCCAUCGCCAGGCCCACUGCUGUGUUACAUGACACAGAUGAAGAUGAGGGGUUGAAGCAUCUUGAGCAUGAAGCAGAGAAGAUGGUGGCAUACUUGCAGGAUAGUGUGGUGGACGAUGACAGACUUGCAACAAAGACCUCAGCAAAGACCAAACCCGCGGGCCUUCCACUUACCCAUGAAGCUGCUCUCAAGUGGUUUUACAAAGACCCUCAAGGGGAGAUACAAGGUCCUUUUGGUAACCAGGAGAUGGCAGAGUGGUUCCAGGCAGGUUACUUCACCAUGUCUCUCUUAGUUAAAAGAGGAUGUGAUGACUUAUUUGAGCCGUUGGGGGAGAUGAUGAAGAUUUGGGGAAGAGUCCCUUUCACUCCAGGGCCUGCACCUCCACCUCUGCAGGGUGACGGUGAUCAAGAAAGAUUGAAGAGGCAGCAGGAGCUUACCACGCUCAAUCUUUACCAAUUACAACAGCUCCAAUAUCAAUACCGCUUAAGGCAGCAGUAUGCUCACGCCCUGGCCCAGCAAAAGGCUGCAGUCCUCAGCUCAGCUCCUCCUCAGCAGCAGCAAGAACACCAACAGCAGCUUAACCUGCUUCAACAGCAAUACCAGGCUCUUAAGAUAAGAACAUCUGAGAGCCUUCUACCUCCUGUUACACGUUGCCUGUCUGUACCUGACACAGGUUCUGUUUGGGAAAUGCAGAAUCCAUCCUCCCAGGCUCCCUGUGCGCCAAGCCUCCCACCAGCAGCUUCAAGCACAUGGGUUGGCAGCAGUGUGUGGGACUUGCCCAUAGACUCCAUAGCGAAAGCGCCAACCAUCGAGCAGAUGCAGCAAUUGGAGUCGAAAGCUGCAAAGUUGGAACUAGAGAGACUUGAAGCUGAAAUGAGAGCCAAAAAGGAAGAAGAAGAGCGGAAGCGGCAGGACGAGGCUUUGCGGGCUCGUCAGGAAGAAGAGCGCAAGCGCCUAGAAGAGGAGCAGUUGGCGCGACAAAAACAGGAGGAAGCGCUCCGACGACAGAGAGAACAGGAAGAGGCACAUCAGAGGCAAAAAGAGGAGGAGGAAAGACUGGCACAGGCGGAAAACCUGCGAAGACUUGAGGAGAGGAGACGGGAAGAGCAAGAGAGGAAGAAACGUGAGGAGUUCAUUCGUAAGCAGGUGAGCCAAACAUUUAUUCUCUUGCUUAUUACAUUUGUUAGCUGUCUCCCUCAAUUGUGGUGUGUCCUAUUCCAGGAGGAAGAGCGCAGGAAACAGGAGGAGCUUGAAGCACUAAGAAGACAGGAAGAGGAGAAACGGGCAGAGGCAGCUGCUGCAGCUGCUGCUGCUACUGCUGCUGCUGCAGCUGCCCUGGCUCAGCAGGAGCUAGAGGAGCAGAAGAAGAGGGAGCAGGAGGCAGAGAGACAGCAGGAGCAGCAGAGACAACGGCAGCAGCAGCAGGAGGCGCUCAGGCGGCUUCAACAGCAGCAGCAGCUAGCACAAAUGAAGCUUCCAUUGUCCUCAAAGUGGGGUCAGCAGUCAGCCAACAAUAUCAACCAGGCUCAGAACGCGCUGUCACUGGCCGAGAUCCAGAAACUAGAGGAGGAACGAGAAAGACAGGCUCAAGUUGACCAGCAGCGCCAGCAACAGGAACUCCUGAAGGUACAGCAGCAACAGGCCCUGCAACAGGCCCAGCAGCCCCAAGCUAAGCUGUCAGGGUGGGGCCAUGUGGCGAAUCAGCCCCCUGUCACAAAAUCCUUGCUAGAGAUCCAGAGGGAGGAAGCACAACAGAUGAACCAGAAGGAGCAGCCGCCGCAGCAGCAGCAGCAGCAGCAGCAGCAGCAGCAGCAACCGCACCAUCCAAUUGUCACCCAGCAGACCAGGUCGCAGAACAGAACUACAUCUCUGAGCAACUCUGUGUGGGGGUCAGCAAACACCAUUCCCUGCACAAACUGGGCUUUAGAUUCAAGCAGCAUCUGGGGUGACACCCACAACUCCAACAUGGGCUUCUGGGAUGAGGCUGUUAAGGAGGCAAUACAGCAGCCUCCACCCACCAGGAAAGGCAAUUCACAGAAAAACAAGGGCAAUGCCAACCUCAGUAAUUCUGCAAGUGGGCGAGCAAACAAGAAGGUGGGAGAGGAAGAGAAGCUACUCAAGCUGUUCCAAGGCGUCAACAAGAGCCACCAGGACACCUUCAUGCAGUGGUGUGAAGACACACUGCACAGCCUCAACACGGCCAACAAUCUGGAUGUUCCCACAUUUGCAUCCUUCCUGAAAGAAGUGGACUCUCCGUAUGAGGUGCACGACUACGUCAGGGCCUACCUGGGGGAUACGCCCGAGGCCAAGGACUUUGCCAAGCAGUUCCUGGAGCGUCGUGCCAAACAGAACGCCAAUCAACAAAAGCAAGUGCCGCCUUCGCAAGCCAACCAACCACUGGCCCUCAAACAACAGCAGGAUUCUGUGUGGGGUGGAACAGGAUCAUCUACGCCCUACCAGGCCAACCAUACGAGUGGCCAGCAGCAGCAACAACAACGCUUUGAGGCCGUCACCUCAGGGAAGAAGAAAAAGAAACAGAAGAUGGUCCGUGCGGAUCCAAGCCUUCUAGGUUUUUCUGUCAAUGCAUCAUCUGAGAGAUUGAACAUGGGAGAGAUUGAGACUCUGGAGGAUAACUAAAGGGGUUGCAGCCAAGCCAACAGCCAAGACUGUGACUAUCUGUUUUGAACAGCAGCUGUUUCAACCCCCCAAAACCCUACCCAGCCUCACUCCGCCCCACUCUUGACAGCUGUCUCAUGCAGUAUUUCACAUGGGUUAAUAUUGCCACAAUCAAUGGAAGAAACCUUUUUAGUCUUACUUGACUCUAUGGAAGAAAUGGAAUGGCAACGUUAACGCCUGCAAAAGCAUCAACCUCCUUUUCCCCCCCAAUUUGGCCUCUUUUUUUCAUUGUGGUUGGGAUGUUUGACAGGUAUUGGGAAAAAAUGUAUGAGAUUAUAUGAAUCUUU